ACCGUUCCAGAGGAAAUGAAAGAGGGAUCGGUUGUGGGAAAUAUUGCUAAGGAUCUUGGACUUGACGUGAGUACAUUGGUCGACAGACGGUUCCGUAUAGUCUCUGGUUCUAAAGACGCGUUUUUACAGGUAAAUCAGAACAAUGGCGAAUUGUAUAUUCAUAAAAGCGUAGACAGAGAGGAGCUUUGUGAAGGGAAUGGUGCAUGCAUAUUAAAUCUAAAAACUGCGGUCGAAAAUCCUUUAGAAAUUCACAACGUUGCAGUAGAAAUAACAGACAUAAACGACAACCAUCCUAGUUUUUUUGAACAGAAUCAACAUUUCGAGAUUACAGAACACACCCUAUAGGAACGAGCUUCCAGCUGCACGCAGCACGAGACCAGGAUGCCUCACCAUAUUCUGUUCGUUUGUAUAAAUUGAGUCAGAAUGAAAAUUUCGAGAUAGACAUCAGAAACAGCGAUGAGGAAAAAAUCCCCUUUUUAGUGUUGAAGAAACCACUCGAUCGCGAACAUAAGUCAGAGCACCUGCUAAUUUUAAAAGCCCUCGAUGGUGGAAACCCUCCAAAAUCAGGUAACCUUAGCAUCAACGUUACCGUAUUGGAUAUUAAUGAUAAUCGGCCGGUGUUCAGUCAAGACACAUAUUCUGUCAGUUUACAGGAAAAUGCCAACGUCGGAACGACUGUGAUUAAAAUAACGGCAACUGAUAGCGACGAGGGCUCAAACAGUGAAAUUGAGUAUUCGCUUGGUAAAACUUUAAAGCGCAAAGUUUAUGACGUAUUUCAACUGGAUCGCAUUACAGGCGAAAUAACGGUAAAGGGCGAGGUAGACUUUGAGGAAACAGACGUUUACAAACUGGAUGUGCAGGCUAUAGACAAAGGCCAGCCUCCUUUCUCUGCUCAAGGUCAAGUUAUUAUAAGAAUACAAGAUAUAAACGAUAAUAAGCCUGAAAUUGAGCUGACUUCAUUAUCUAAUAUUGUUGCUUAAUACUCUACACCUGGAACAGUAAUUGCGCUGAUUAGUGUCACAGAUAAAGACUCUGGUGUUAAUGGUAAAAUUGUAUGUAGUCCCACAAAGAAUGUUCCUUUCGAGCUGAAACCAUCUUUUCAAGAUAAUAUGUACUCGCUGGUGACAAAGGGGCGUUUGGAUCGUGAACUUGUGCCCCAUUAUGACAUCACAAUUACAGCAACAGAUUUAGGUCAGCCGGCCUUAUCAUCUAUCAAAACAUUAAGCAUCAAAGUAGCAGAUGUGAAUGACAACCAGCCAGAAUUUUCUAUUAAUUUCCUUGAGCUUUACAUAUUUGAAAAUAAUGCUCCUGGAGCCUCCAUAUUUUCAGUAAGAGCAUCUGAUAAAGACGUGAAUGAAAAUGCCUUGAUAUCGUACCAAAUAAACAGAGGUGUAGGGACACAAAAUGAGAUAACCUCAUCGUUGAACAUAAAUCAAGAAACAGGGGUUAUUCAUUCCCUUAAAAGUUUUGAUUUCGAAGGAAUUAAAACUUUUCAGUUCCAUGUUCUCGCUACAGACUCUGGAACUCCGUCUCUGAGCAGUAACGUGACAGUGAACGUGUUUAUUCUGGAUCAGAACAACAAUGUUCCAGUGAUCUUAUAUCCAGUCAGCGCUAACGGUUCUGCUGAGGUUGUGGAAGAGAUUCCCCGUAAUGUGAACGCAGGUAAUUUGGUGACUAAAGUCAGAGCCUAUGACGCAGAUAUAGGAUACAACGACUGGUUAUUAUUUUCACUGCAGGAAGUUAGUGACCACAGUCUCUUUGGUUUGGACCGUUACACAGGACAGAUAAGGACCCUUCGCUCAUUCACAGAAACAGACGAGGCCCAGCAUAAACUGAUCAUACUGGUCAAAGACAAUGGGAACGUUUCUCUCUCAGCAACAGCGACUGUGAUUGUCAAAGUUGUGGAGCCCAAAGAGGCUUUUGCAGCUUCUGAUGUUAAAAACACAGUAAAAGAUGAAGAGGAAAACAACGUGACAUUUUAUUUGAUCAUCACUUUGGCCUCGGUUUCAGUGCUUUUUCUCAUCAGCAUCAUCGUGUUGGUUGUAAUGCAGUGCUCUAAAUCGACAGACUAUUCGUCCAAGUAUUUACAGGAUACAAAUUAUGACGGGACUCUGUGUCACAGCAUCCAGUACAGAUCUGGAGACAAACGGUACAUGUUAGUUGGACCCAGAAUGAGUAUCGGCUCUACUAUAGUCCCAGGCAGUAAUGGAAAUACUCUAGUGAUCCCAGAUCACAGGAGGAGAGAUUCUGGAGAGGUAAGCAAAUAA